CACAGAGAAAACCCCAAAAUUUGACAAUAUUGAAGAAAUAAAAUCAAAUGCAAAAUUGGACAAAAACAUGAAGAUGACAACAAACAAAGAAUGGUCCAACCCCAUUCCUCGACAUGUUUCUCAUGCAAACCUUCAUUCCUUAUUUCUCAAACAUCUGUCAUGUUUUUCUACGUGUCCUCUUCAUUCUUCUCCUUUUUAAAAAACGCCCUCAAACCCCUUUCUCCUCCACCAUAUUUCCCAUUUUAAUUUCUUCCUCUUCUUCUUUUUCUUCAUCCGUUUCAAUGGCUGAAUUUCAUCAGCCUAAUUAUGACUCACCCACAACUCACCCUUUUCAAGCCAUUCGCCCCCAAAAGCCCAUUUCCUCUUCCCAUCUUUUGGCAUUUCUUACUCUCUUCCCCAUCGCCGCCAUUCUUCUUUUCCUCGCCGGAAUCUCCUUCAUCGGUACCGUCGUAGCCUUGGCUGUUACCUCUCCUCUGUUUCUCAUUUGUAGCCCUGUCUUGGUCCCUGCCGCCCUCGUCAUCGCCUUGGCCGUUGCAGGGUUUCUGACAUCGGGAGCUUUUGGUGUCACGGCCUUAUCUUCUCUCUCAUGGAUGGCUAAUUACUUGCGUAGAUCACGAGUCCCUCUUAACCUCGACCAAGCUAAGCAAUGGGUCCGUGAAACCGCCGCCCAAGCCGCCCAAACGGCUAAAGAGGCUGGUCAGGUCAUUCAGAGCAAAGCACAAGAUGGUGGGAAAGCGGAGGAAGUUGAAGUCAGCUCUGCCCAGGAUGGGGAGAAAACCGAUGAAGUGAGUCCAGCGCAGCCCAGCCCGGCCCAGGAAGGAGGAAAGACCCAAGCGCAAAGUACAGCAAAAGAGGAAACGACCCAAGAACCGGUUAAGGCUCAAGAAAGUGGGAAGGCCCAAGGAGGGGCUAAGGCCCAAGAAGGAGGGAAAGCCCAAGGAGGAAAAACCCGAGGAGGAGGAAAGACAUGACGAAGUGGCCCAAUGAACCACCGAUGGGCCGAGUCCAAGUAUUCCGUUUCUUUAUAAUGUAAAUAAUUUAAUAAUUUUGGAAUAUUAUGAGAACUUCAAGCAGGAGAGAGUGUAGGUGUGAGUUUAAUUUCCUCGAAGUAAGAAGAUAUUGGAGUACGAUUUCUUUUGCUAUAUGUUGUAAUGUAUCUCCUAGAAAUAAAAGUAUUAUUUCUCUCGAA